CAUAAUUUACAUUUCCCAAGUAUACGAAGUAGGUACCUUCGUUUUAUUUAUACGCCAUUCAACAAGGCAAAAGUACCAUCAAAUAUUUGGUUUUGUUCAAUCUUUCUGGUCAAACUUUACAUAAUAAUGGCGCAAACGUUUACGAUUGAACAUUAGUGGUGAUCGGAAAAAAAAGAAAAGAAAUUGAAGGAAUGGGCGGAGUUUGCGCCUCCUGGAAUACAAGGUAAAGGAGGUUGUUUUACGAAAGCUUCUAUCUCCGAUGUAACGAAUAGUGUCUGGAAAGAUCAGUUUCAAGGUAGCUUUAUGCAAUUUGGGGAAAAUUCGAAGUUGACGGAUACAGGUUAAGGGAACGGGAUUAGGAAAAGCGGCGAAAUCGCAUCAUAAAUAGAGUGGAUGCGCACGCGGACAAUAACAUGGGAGAGCGAGCGAAUGAACCGCUUUAAACGAAGAAAGAAGGAAAUGAAUCAGCCAUUCUGAUUGGUCGAGGCGGCUAUUAUGGCCGCCGAUUGGCGCAUGCACGUACGCACACCAAGGCUCGGUGCACACACCAACGCACGAACACGCGCGUGCUUCAGGAGCGUAGCAGUCGCUCGCGGCCGAGAAGAGUGAAAAGAGCGACAGAAACGGUCGGUCCGCGCGUUGCCUUGUAAGGCGGAGAGUUGGUGUGUGACGUCCGUGCGCGGAUGGCUCGAAGAACGCCGAUUUUCCUCAGCUUGUACGAGUAUCCUUACUGAGCAGAGGAAAGAACGAGUGAAAGGAGAGUGCGGACCGGGCGCGACGCCGACCGUCGACAUAACCGCGUAUACGUAAAAUCCGACAAUCCGUCAAGUUUAAAGCUGCCGAAGGCACCAUUUUCAUCAUCUCUGUAGUGUGUAUAGCAAACUAGAAACCGAUUACUAGACGCAACGUGAGUGUUCUUGAAUCAGCAAGGAAAUAUAUAUUAGUGAGAAAAGAAACGGAGACAGAGAGAGAGAGAGAGAAAGAGAGAGAGAGAGAGAGGGGGAAUAGAAGUAAAAAGGAUACCGAAGGGCAUCGAAAGAGAAGGAUAGAUACAGCAAGAAAAGAGAGAAAAAAGAAAAGCGAAAGAGCGAGCAAGCGAACGAAUAACCAAGAGAGAAAAAGAGAAAGAGCAAGAGAGCGACCGGGAAAGAGGAGCAAGAACAAGUUAAAACGCCAAACGAUACGUAAGAGACAAAGGCCACGGCGGCAUAACCUCCAAGCCAACCGUACGGCGCAUUACGGGAAUCUCUCAUUCUCAUAGAUUUCUUCGUAUUCUCAAGAAAUUCGGUACAUUAUUCAUGAAAAAUUCUAUUUUUGCAAGUGCAUGCCUGCUCGGGCUUCCAUAUGAAGUGUCGCACGAGUGUGAGAGAGAGAGAUAGAGCACGUGCGUGAAACAUAUUUUCCUCGAGAUACAGGAGUCGUCAUAAAGUGAAAGAGCGGGACGGUUGUUUGUACAGUCGUGUUUUUCUGCGACACCUGGUAUACGAUAUACUUACAUCCGCGAGUGUUGUGUGAACGAAAUUUACUCUUGCUACAGGAAAGAGAAAAAGGAAAAAAGAGGAAAAAAGACGGAAAGAGGCGAAUAAUAUUCUUAGUGCUGCAGUCUACAGUUGAUGGAUGAAACUGGCAGGAUGCUGCAACACGGCGGAUCAGGUGUUGGUUUGAUGGGAGGAAACCAGGGUCAAGGGGCCCAAAAUACGACCGGAUACGGUAGUAUGGGGCCUGUGGAUGGAACUGCGACACAAGGUCCGGAUCAAGCCGUCGAGGCUAGAAAACAGGACAUCAGUGAAAUUCUUCAACAAAUUAUGAACAUCACUGAUCAAAGCUUGGACGAGGCGCAAGCGAGAAAACAUACAUUAAACUGUCACAGAAUGAAGCCAGCCUUGUUUUCGGUCCUGUGUGAAAUCAAAGAGAAAACAGUCCUAUCUUUACGAAAUACUCAGGAAGAGGAACCGCCCGACCCGCAGCUAAUGAGGUUGGACAACAUGUUGAUCGCGGAGGGUGUCGCAGGACCGGAAAAGGGUGGUGGUGCGGGAGCUGCGGCCUCUGCCGCGGCGGCAGCCGCGGCUGGACCACCUGGACAACCCGACAACGCCAUCGAACAUUCGGAUUACAGAGCCAAACUUGCCCAAAUUAGACAGAUUUACCAUCAGGAGCUGGAGAAAUACGAACAGGCGUGUAACGAGUUCACAACCCACGUAAUGAAUCUACUGAGGGAACAAAGUCGUACCAGGCCAAUCACGCCGAAGGAGAUCGAGAGGAUGGUUCAGAUUAUUCACAAGAAGUUCUCCAGCAUUCAAAUGCAGCUUAAACAGUCUACCUGCGAGGCGGUGAUGAUUCUGAGGAGUCGAUUCCUCGACGCAAGGCGUAAGAGACGGAAUUUCAGCAAACAAGCGUCGGAAAUUCUAAACGAAUACUUUUAUUCGCACCUCAGUAAUCCGUAUCCGAGCGAAGAAGCGAAAGAAGAGCUCGCACGAAAGUGUGGAAUCACCGUGAGUCAGGUUUCCAAUUGGUUUGGCAACAAGAGGAUACGCUACAAGAAAAACAUAGGUAAAGCACAGGAGGAGGCGAACUUGUACGCAGCCAAAAAGGCAGCUGCAGCUUUUGCAGGAGCGUCGCCGUACAGUAUGGGUGGUGCCAGUCAAGGCACCCCGACGCCGAUGAUGUCGCCGGCGCCACCCGGCGGGCCACAAGACAUGGCCGGAUACGGGAUGGGCAUAAACGGUAGCGACUACGGCUCGCAGCCGUACAACGACGGCUCCAUGGGCUACGAUCCUAUGCACCAGGGAAAAUCACUGACCGGAGGGCCCGGUGCGGCCGGAUGGAUGCAACAACGCGAGGCGGUGCCGGAAUUUCCGCCACUCCACGAUUCAGCGGACUCUGAUUCCGACCGAGAAAAUGAAAAACGACCGCGCGUCUAAAAUUACUUUUGGGAUGAACGACCUAGCAUGGUAACGAAACUAAUAAAACAAAAUACAUGCAAAAAAACGCAGCAACAAAAUUGAGAGAGAAAAAAGAGAAAAAAGCAUAGAGUAGAGUGUAUGUCAGAGAAAGAGGGGGAAAAAAAAAAGAGCAGACGUACCGCUACCGGACAACCAGGAACCACGUCGUCACCCACUACCGACACGCACACGCUCUCGUCGGCACACAGCCACAUACACCAACAUACGUAUACACAUUUGCGAUAACGCGCACCUCCGAGCCACACACAAGGAAAUAAUGUUCGUUGGUGUUCCUACGAUUAAUAAUAACAUUAGUUUCCGGUUUUGAAACAUUUUUCUCUUUUUCCGUCAAGAGAGAAGGCCAAACGCACCGAAGGAUGCGACGAUAUUAAUUAGUCUAUCGCGAAUUAAUCCGUAGUACACUUUUAGCAAUUUCUCGAGAUAAAUACGACCAUGAGAGAAUGUUAGUUAUUCGAUGAUUCGCGCAUCGAACAGGAACGAUUUCAUACGCGCGUUCGCAACUUCUUUGCUUCUGCCCUUCGAUCUUGAUACCUUAAUCUUGCCUUAUCGAGUGACCGUGCACGGGCAUCCACGUCACCUAUUUACAGAGGAUUUAAAGAGCGAAACGUGUGAGAGGAAUUAAAAGAGAAAAGGCGGGUAGAAAGAAAGAAAGAAAGAAAGAGAGAGAGAGCGAGAGAGAGAGAGAGAAAGAGAGAGAGAGAGAGAGAGUGCGAGAGUAUGAGAGAGUGGAAAGGACGGCGAACGAUAAGAAUCCGUAGGGCAAUGUGCUCUUAAGAAACGUAGGUUCGCUUCUAUUAAGACAAUACGGUAGCGUACAGGCGCCUAGCUAAGGAGAGAGAGGGAGAGAGCGUAUACAAUCAACUAAUUGUUUUAUUUUUUACGUAUGCUACAUACACGCAUACGUAGAUGGACGUAGCUUGUACAGAUAUUUUUAUUCUUAUUAUCGUCCCUAUCCCGAUACCCUACGAUUGAUCGGACGAUUUGAUUUUAAAUAUUUAACUUUGUCUUUGUAAUCAUUUUUACCCUCAUGUUAUGUAUAUCCCCCCCCCCCCCCAUUAUAAUACGUAGCGUAAUUUUUUGCUGGGUAAGGAUUUAAGAGAAUAAUAUUUUGGACGUACAUAAAGAAAUAUAUUCUCUAUUUCUCGACGAGACAGACAUUUCUAGAAAUUUGUGAUCUGUCGUGAAGCAGCUUCCAGCUAGAUUUUUCAUGUAAUUCCUUUUAAAUCUAAUCCCAGCAGUAUCCCGAGUAUCGUGUAAUGCUAGCGAAUGUUUCUUACGUUCGAUUAUGGUUUAAGUUCCGAGUCUUAAGUUUAGCUUCGAAUUAUACUUUUAUAGCGAUACGUUGACGAUGUUUGCGUGCUGAUUUGUUCAAUUUCGUUCGAACGCGAGGACACCAUUUAGUGUUUCUGUGCUAAGAAACAGAUCACGAUCAUUGUAAUAAUUUUCCAGCAUUAUUAUUUAUUUACUGAAAUUUUAGUACGCGCAUGUGUUUCAUAGGUAUAUAAGAAGACGAUUUGUCGGUGUCCUCGCUGUACAAAGCUUAGUAUCGUACACUUUGUUACGUUGAAAAAUUGUGUGCAUGAUUGUACCUAUGAGCGGGCCGAAAAACUCGAUCCGUUUUCUACAUUUCUUUUUUCGUUUUUUUUUUCUUCGUUUUUUCUCUGUAAAACAACGAUUCAGCACGAGAUCUUAUUAAAAAUUCUUUCCUUUGUCUCUUUUGUUUUGUUUCGUCGAUUUCAACAGCCGACACACGUACAGAGACACAGGUGUCGAAUCCAGAAUUCGAACUCCGCCAUUUGAUUGGUAGUCGCGAAGCGCCAAACUUUCGGCCACUCUUCUCGACCAAACUUGUUCAUUCGGCUUCGAUCACGCAACUUUUUGCAAAUCAAAGUAUAUUUUCUAGUGAUGUAAAACGUCGUCGUUUACAUGGUUGCUAAUCGGCUAAUCGGCUAAUCGGCUAAUCGGCUAAUCCGUCGGAGCGUAGAGAAACGAAUCGAAGUCGGAUUUUUAUCGAUACUGCUGCGCUUCUUCCGGUCGAACGGAAAUAUAGGUUUCGAAAGCGGCGCGAGACAACGCGAUUCAACUGGAUUCGACAUUUAAAAUAUACGAUUGCGCCUGUCUAUCCUUAGUUGGUCGUACGUACGUAGGUACAUAUGUAUUGUGUAUACGUAUACAUGUGUAUAAAAAUAUAUAUUCUAUACUUUCGUAUCUGUAUAACUCCGUAUGUCAUCAUUGCGAUGGUAAAUUCCUACGAUGAACUGGGCAGAAACGUAAAGAUUGCGUUCCGACCAAGUUUUCCUUCGACCGUAUGCGUGCAUGAAUCUGAAUAGUCGCCGGAAAAAGAUAUUUCGGAUAAAUUCUAGUUGACGCAAUAACGUUGCAAAUCAUCUUCGUCGCUUUAUUUCUUCGAUUCUUUGAAAAAGUGGACACUAUCGGAUAUUUCUUGACGCUCGAGUUAACUUAACGAGUGGAAAAACGAAUCGCGAGGAAUUGUUAAUAGUGCUUUUUCACGCGACUGUGUGAUCACGCUCGCGUACACGGCCGGUACUGUUUGCUUUCAGGAGCUGUCGCCUUGAAAUACUUAGAGGAAUCGCAAGAAGAUGCGCGAAACAGACAAUUACGAGAAUGAAAUUGAGAUGUAGAAACGCAUAUGUAUAAGAUGUAUCGUGAAAAUGCUCGCGCAAUCCGAUCACCUCACUAUCUGUGAUCCGAGGCUCGUCGUUAACGCGGCGAGUAAUACGAACUAAAAAUCGAUAUUAAGCUAUUAAUGUUAUGUAAUACAGAUUCUCUAAGCGAGAAGCGUUCACGUUCCUAAGCGACGCGUAAAAAGAAAGUCGCACCAGAAUUCGACGAACGAACGAUACGUUGUCGAGCUUUGGUUUACGAUCGAAAGCUAACGAACAACACACCACCGCGAUACGAGAAGUUCACCCAACAUUCGCAAUAUACGUGAUAGGAUUAAGCAAAAGGGUUGGUUGUUUGUGCUUGCGAAAGAAAGAAGCGGCCAGAAACGGCAGAUACCCGUUCCUAGUCGGUUUAUCGUCCUUUACCUUUUUCACUUCUUCGACUUGUACGACAACUGCUUCUUCGUCCUCUUUUUCUCCCACUUCAUCGUUUCCUCUUUUUGUUCCACACUGUUUUGCGAAGAUCAAGCGUGAACGCUUCUAUGCAUCGACGCCACCUUUCUCCCUCUCAGCGAGACUCAUCGAGCGAAGAUGGUCGAAAUGAAAAGACAGUGAACGGAAAAAGGGAUGAACAUAUAGAAACGUGAUGAGCAAGCAGAUAAAAAAGUACGAUCGGGAAACAGAAUAGAAACGAAGCAAUGGUCCCGCGACACAACACUAAUGUAUACGAUUUUUCAACAUGAAAAUAUUAUAUAUUGUAGCUAUACAUAUAGAGGUAUAUAAAAGAGAAUAGUCCAUAGGCAAAAAUGUAAUAGCUAAGUACAUCAUUGUAACGACGAUACUAACUAGUAAAACGAGAUUUAUUUUAUUAUUAUCA